UGUCACAUACGGUGUUGCAUCGUCCGCCGGACAAGAUGCUGACGUGGUCCUACAGUUUUACCAUUUUGUUGAGCUGUUCGGCGUUGCUUUUAACUCGACGAACUUGCUUGCGUGUAGAGUUCAACGCCUUAAGGUCAGGACAAAACAGUGAAUAUGUUAAAAUUAAUACGGCAUGGAUAAAUGAAUCUGGCAUUAUGAUGUAUAUUGACAUUCUUCAAUCUUGCGUGAACCCUACAUGGACUAUUGGGCUUUCAAAACAUAACAAUAUCCGCGGCUCAACUAUAAUGUUUAAUGCAUCAUCUCGAACCUGUGACUUAGAGCGUUUUUCGAUCCGAAAUCAGUUCGCAAAAGCAUUUAAGGCCGUUGCCUAUCAAAUGACAAACUUCUCGCUAAUAUGUCCUUUGCCAGCUGGCAGAUAUAUGAUCGGCCCUAGGAUGGACAGAAUAAAGAAUAUUUUUCCAUUGCGGUUAUUCUAUCAACCAAAUACGAUCACCAGCAUACAUAUGCGGUUUUAUGAUCAAGUACCAAAAGGAAACUUUACAUUUUGGGCGGAGUUGCUUUUUAUAGGACAGGUUAGGAUUGACUGCUGAACGAAGUUGAACGAUUAUGUAUUCGAAGGGACCAUGCUCAUUUACAACAAUUUGUAUUAUCUUCAUGACGACCAAAUGGCAACUUCU